GCCUCGCCUUGCUCGCCCAACGACUUUGAUUGCUGUCCUAGAUCCAUAGUCAUCAUAAGGACCCCUUCGAGGCCAUAACAGCCUCAUUUCCUCGAGCGAUCCAUCAUUUAGUUUUUUUAUUGACCUUUUCUUGAUUCUUUUCAUUUUCCCGCAUCUUCGUUCCUUAAUUCAAUUUUCCCCCCUUUCUCCUUUAGCAUCGACACUUCAGAACCUCAACGUCGUAUCUCCUACCUUAAUUGCCUUGUCGACUUCAGUUGUCCUAUCAUUAUUUUUUUUUUCCUCCCUAUGCUUGCAUGCUUGUGCUUCAUGUUAUUCUGAUUCAACCCUUUUGUAGAAUAUCGACAAUAAUAUGUUCACUCCGUUCAGUCUCUCCACAACCCCUAGACCCUUUUACCAUGCUUUCCGACGCAAUUACUGCACAUACAGUGCAAAAACUUUAACACUCUUCCUGUUCAUUGCCUUCAUUUGUUUCAACUUAUUCUCCUAUCUGUACUUCUCAUCUUUGGCAUUCAUCUCUACCGAUCUACUAAAGGGAAGCUCAAAUCUACCCGGAUUCGAAGACCAGUCUAUCGAUCGACGUGAAGCCAGUCCAUUGACAGAAUCCUCAACCUGGAGACCAUUCCGAAAUGCACCUGAAUGGAUAACAGCUUGGUUUCAUGCUCAGACACUCGGCCCUGAAUUGAACGCCUCUUCUGAUGGAGGUGGUCAAGACUUGCAGAUCGAUGUAGUGUACACGUGGGUUAAUGGAUCUGAUCCUAAGCUGUUAACUCUGAAGGACAAGUAUCAGAAUAUGUCUCCUUUCUUCCAACAAUAUCACUUGCACAACCGAAGAGACACUUUAAGUGGUGAUGAUAUUCUGGAACAGUCAAAAAGAUGGACGGAAACACCGUCGACUGCAACGUCGUCAUCAUCAUCAUCAUCAUCAGCAAGCGAAAGAGAAAACGAUGGUCGGAGUCGUCGGGAAAAGAGAGGAGUGAAACUUUGGGGUCGAGAAGACCAGACUGCCAACAGAUAUCGUGAUAUGGAUGAACUAAAGUACUCGGUGAGGUCGGUAUCUCAAUAUGCUACGGGGAUGUUUAAUAAAAUCCACAUCCUGACUACUGUAGUGGACCCCGAAAGAGACGAAAACCAAAUCCCUACCUGGUUAGACCUAACAAGAUCUAAAGAAGCGAUCCAACUCGUACCUCAUACCGAUAUCUUUGAUGAUCCCCAAGUUUUACCAUCCUUCAACAGUUUAUCCAUUGAAAGUCAGAUCCAUCAUACUCCUGGUGUCACGGACGUUUUCCUUUACCUAAAUGAUGACGUGUUUUUAGGCAGAACCAUGGCGGCUGCAGAUAUAUGGACACCUCUCUAUGGUUUUGUCUUUCAUAUGGAGCCCUCCCUCCUGGUUCCACCAGCGAUCCUCCCUCUUGACCGGACAUCACUCUCCGUAGGUGAAUGGAACUCCCUUCAAUACUCUAAUUUCUUGCUCUCGAAGCAGUUCGGUUUUCGCCAUCGAGCCUAUUUGGCUCAUGUCCCUCAUGUCCUUAGUGUUCCAAUGCUACAGGAGAUUCAAGCUACUUGGCCAAAUGAAAUAUUUUCAACCAGUUCCCAUCGUUUCAGAGGAGAGGGUGAAGCCCUGGACAUUCAAGUAUCCUUCUUCAUGGCUCACUAUGUCCUUGAAAAGCUGCGUGAGACUCAACUGAGUUCUUUUUGGUUCCAUCGACUGGACGUGAAUCAAGACGGCAUCCUGGAUUGGACAGAACGCGAACAGUUUCUCCAUAGGCUCGAGGCAUGGAACCAAGCACAAAAGGAAUCUUCGUCCUCAUCAUUAUACGCGAGCAACUUCUCUAGCUUCGUAGAAAAUUACCAAGAUCAUCUGCAGCAGAUGGGCUACCCCACCACAGGAUCCACAACCUAUCACCAGUCAGGUCUGGAUGGAUAUCCUUUCAUGCUAAAAUAUCCCAAUGCAACUGCGGGUGAGACACACACCAGUAAAGACAGGCCGCCUUAUACCGUCUAUGAUGAUAUUAAAGGUCGCUUCUGUCAGAUCGACAUUGACUAUUGCUUAGGUCCUGACUUCAGCAAUAGCACUAUCCAAUCGAUGGACAACAAUGCUUCAAAAGCUACGUUCCAACAAAUGGCAUUCACUAAAUUCCAGUGCGGAGACUGUCUUCUUCACAUGCUUCGUCAGACAUCGACUUCUUCUGGGCUUGCCAAUGAGAUCUUGCCUUCAGACACCUCUUCAGAAGCCUACAAGGCUACUAUUGCGGACUUGAUGAAAUAUAACUACGUAAUGGCUACUUCGCCUUACACAUUCACUCAAUUGAAUAACCCCAUAACUUCCAAAACAACUCUCCGGCAGCUCUUGGACAGGAGAGAGAUGGAGACCUUCUUCUGUAUCAAUGAUAAUGUUGACAAUAAUCCAACAGCAGAGGAGCAGACUCGUGAUAUUUUUAAGGCAUUUUUGGAGGAACGUUUUUCUAUUCCCUCGCCAUGGGAAAUGACCCUUGCUUCCCUAACAAAUUCGCUGACAUGAUUUUUUUUUUUUUUUUUCUAAAAU